CUCGUUUCAGCCUGCUGGUUCUUGGGGAACUACACUUCCCACAAUCCCUGACAUUAAGCAUCACUUCUCGUCAUGUGAUGAUUGUGGUGCUUCUUGUUUUCCCGUCUGGCUGUGGUGCGCUUUUGUGAGACCAGCGUGAGAAAAUAACCUUACGGACGAUGAAUCCUACAAUAAGCCCAGGAUCACCAUCAACUGUUUCUUCUGGGCAUUUUUUGCACUGCUCUGUGUUGUCAAGGAAUAUGGGCUGUAGUCACAAUACCAUCCCAAGUUGGGAACGCGAUGUGCCAUGCACAAUUCCACGGAUGAAACCCAGACACAGAUUGGUGAAUUUCAGGAGUCUACAAAGGUCUCGGUAAUCAUAUGCUGUGCCAGUCAGUAUCCCAUGCUUUCAAGCGACAUCUGGAAAGCAGAGAUCAGGAACCCAGCUCUAAACAUUUUCUGUCAGAGGAGAAGAUGGCUGCCCGUUUUAACUCCCUUAGCCUGGACAACGAUCACAUCUACAGUUCUAACGGCUUCCCUGUUCAUAGUGAAAACCCCAGAUGGCAGCAGGCAUACACACAGUUGAAAGAGUUACAACGGAGGCUAUCUCAGGAUGGAGCAAGCGAAGAAACCAACUCUACAGAAGAAGAGCUGACCACAGUCAUUGUAGAUGGUGAAUUCAUGAUGGGAGACUGUCCUAUGCUGGUGCCAUCUUCCUUCUCGUUAGGACUCGAAGGAAGCAGCAUCGCCCCUGAAGAAAUGUUUCUUUCUCUGAAUCCUUGUACCGAAGUUGUCCUGUGGAGCUCUCACAUUUCUGGAGGUAAACCGGAAUGACAGAAUGGUACCCCAAUUAUAGCUGCAAAAGUUACGAAGUCCUUUUUCAAACUCACGACGUGGACAGUUGGCUAUUUUCUCCCAACAUCUGGAUUGAAGGACAGGGCUAAUGAAGAG